AUGCACUCCAAAGGAGCAGACUGGAUCAGGAGACGAGCGAGGAGAAUUGUGAAUAAAGAUGGAUCCUCGUCCAUGCAACGAACAAGGUCACUGCAAGGUGUCGUUGGAAGCAAUUUCACCCAACCGAAAGCAUAUGACCCCUCUCAGACAAACUCUGCAUCCUUCAAUGCCUUCGAUAGCUUCACCACCCCGUUACCUGAUAUUGGAGAUGACGUGUUCUCCGAUUUCACUUUCCAUCAUUAUGAUGAUCCAAAAAGUUCCCCAGUGUCCUUUGACCUAUCUCCUUUCCCUGCCCAAUCACCCAUAAACUCGCAGCCCGAGCCCACGGGUGAAACGCAAUGUGCAGAAGCUGGCAACAGCCUCGCUCAGCCAAGCAUUCCGAUUACCCCAGCCAUUCCUCUCAUUCCCGCAUAUCAUCAAACUGCUGACCCAAGUCCAUAUUCAUCGCCACAGAAGGCACCGUUAUCACCACGGAACAUUUCAAUUGCUGAUCUGAAUUUGGACGACAACAUCAAUGCUUCAAUUGAGGAGACUGGCAUCACACUUGACGACAUUGCUGCAUUCAUUGAGGGUCCAGAUCCUGUCGACAAAAAGUGGGUGUGUACCUAUGGAGGGUGCAACAAAAGAUUUGGAAGAAAAGAGAACAUCAAGUCGCACGUUCAGACCCAUCUUGGAGAUAGGCAGUUCAAAUGCAAUCACUGCAACAAAUGCUUCGUCCGCGGCCACGACCUAAAACGACACGCUAAAAUCCAUACGGGAAUUAAGCCCUACCCAUGCGAAUGCGGUAAUAGCUUUGCCCGUCAAGAUGCCCUGACAAGACAUAAACAACGAGGAAUGUGUAGUGGUGCAUUUAAAGGAGCUGUACGGAAAGUAGUAAAACGCGGAAGGCCACGAAAGCACAGGCCAGAGCAAGAAGAACGGCAAGAGAAAGCUAUUAAGUCGCGCAUUGGAGCAAAUAUAAAGUCCUAUGCGAGCUCGGUUUCGGAAUCAUCCUGCCUUUCGCUAGCUUCUCCUCCGAGUGAAAGCAACGAUUCGGGCAGCGUACGUGAAUCAAGCGUUGGUGGUGACAUGCAAUACCUACACAGUGACGGGUUCGGCUUGCCUCCCGGUGUCUUCUCUUUCACACCCCCUGCAUCUCCGGGAUUCAGUACUGGAAAUGUCGCAUCUCCUACCAGAAGCUUGCGCUCAAUGACACCUACAAUGGACCGAAAUUUCCUCUCCCUCUCACCGACAAAAAGACCUCUUGACGAUAUUCCUGAAGAAAUCCCUGAUAUUCCCCUUCUUCUGGGUUCCCCAACCCCAGUCAAAAAGGAAUCUCAAAUCUCUUCCUCUCAAUUUUUGCUUCCGUCACCCGCAGAGCCUACUUUCGCGGCUGCGCACGGCUCGGAUUUUGACGUCUUCACUGGCAGCCAACAUACAGCCCCUGCUUCUCUAUCCACAAUUUUGGAUGAGAGCGAACUUGUUUCACUUGAAAUUCCAUCUGCGGUCGGGUGUCUUCCGGCCGAGCCGGGUGACCCUAUUCAGUCCGGAUAUGGAUCAGAACUUUUCCUCGCUGCUACGCCUGCCCAACGCGAUAACGUCGCCGAUCUUGGCCUCAGCUCUCAAUUUUUCUCAGGGUCAUUGUCGCAGUACUCGGACGAUUUCUUUAGCAGUUUUUCUUCGGAAGUUGGUAAUGAUGUGUGA